AAUAGGUGGGCACCCAUGGGGCCUACCACGGGUAGCAGGUGGUCCCACUUGGCAGCCUCACGCCCUACCAGUCUCUUAUCCCCAUUCCGCCACGCUGCUCUGCUCCCCGCCGCGCCCGCCAUGGCGCCCUCCCCCUCCUCCUCGCUGCCGCCUCCCCUCCCCGCCAAAUUCUCAAACCCACCUCCCCGCCUCCUCCCGCUCCCCCGCAAGGCGCCGGCAGCCGCCGCGUUCGCACCUCGCCCGCUCCUCCUCUCAUUCCCCACUCCCGCGCCCGCCCGCCGCCUCGCCGGACUCCGCGCCAAGCGUCUCGCCCUUGAGCUCCACAUCGUAAGAUGUGGGUUGCUAUCAUGGUUGAAACCAACAAAGCAUGAUGUUAGAGUACAAACAUCCAAUGUAAAUGUUGGUUCUGGGAGCUAUGAAGCAGACGAAGCAGGUAGCCGUGGAGAACAUUUAGAUAAUUCUGCUACCAGAAAUUCCAACAAAGCGUCAACAAAACCACUUUCAGGAUCUCGUUACCCGCAAUCUAUUGGUGCUGUGAUUCUUCUGUGCGCCCUGGCAUCUGCUUUUAUUGUUUUCUCUAAAGGACAGCCAUCUGCAGUUGUAGCUAUGCUAGCAAGGUCUGGUUUUACGGCAGCAUUUACACUGAUUUUUGUAUCUGAGAUUGGAGACAAGACAUUUUUCAUUGCUGCACUACUCGCCAUGCAAUACCAGAGAGCAUUGGUUUUACUUGGGUCAAUGACUGCUCUUUCCUUGAUGACUAUCGUGAGUGUUAUAAUUGGACGGAUUUUCCAGUCUGUACCAGCACAGUUUCAAACAACGUUACCCAUAGGAGAGUAUGCAGCAGUUGCUCUGCUUGCAUUCUUUGGUUUCAAGUCAAUAAAAGAUGCAUUGGGACUUCCUGAUAAUACAAAUGGAAACCUUCAGGGAAACUCUGAAAGUGGGGAACUGGCUGAGGCUGAGGAGCUUGUCAAGGAGAAGGUUUCUAAGAAGCUCACCAGUCCUCUUGAGGUCCUUUGGAAGUCUUUCAGUCUUGUUUUCUUUGCGGAGUGGGGUGAUCGCUCUAUGCUGGCUACAAUUGCUUUAGGUGCUGCACAGUCUCCUUUGGGCGUUGCCAGUGGAGCCAUAGCUGGACACUUGAUUGCAACUGCCCUUGCUAUUGUCGGGGGAGCAUUCCUUGCCAACUACCUAUCUGAGAAGCUGGUUGGCCUGCUAGGAGGAGUAUUAUUUUUGCUCUUUGCUGCAGCAACGCUUUUCGGGGUAUUUUAGUCUGUGUGAAGAGUUGCGGCUAGGAAAAGAUUUUGCAGUAGCAAUUUGGUAUCCUGUUUUGGAGCUGAGGGGCGAAACCAAGCAGGCCUGGCAACCUUGUAUGUAGCUAGGGUCCUUUCCAUGAGAUGAUUUUGAUCUGCAUACUUUCCAAGUUUCUACUAGAUUGAAAGUCAUAUUAUCAUAUACGGACAGUGUGCACAUGUUAGCAUUCAGUAAAUUUAUUAGAUUUGUUUGAAGGAAAAUUACAGUUUUGGUUUUUGAACUAGUAUUGAAUGUUGUGUUUUUUU